AUGUUUUUGUUUCUAUUAUUUGCUUCUCUAGUGACCGCUGCACUGCAGACACUUCCCCCAGUGUAUCAAACAGGCUUAGGGCCAUGGCCGGGGUUUGAUGUUCGCUCAGUGCAGAGGAUCAUCUAUAUCAAGGCUGAUUUUGCCUCUCAUCGGGAUGAAAAUGGAUUGACGCUGAUUCCUCCAUCGGCGCUGGAAUUCGCCACGACAUUUCUACAUGAUCUGCAGGAAGUGACCGCCAGCCGGUGGACACUCCGCCAGGUCAAUGACUUCGGCGCAAAGCAGGGCAUCUUCCUGGACAGAAUUGGCGCAGACUGCAACUUGACCUACGAAAAUGGCACGCCAACACAGGAAGGGUAUGAAGUGGAGAUUCACCCGCAACGUGUCUUUAUCCGAGGAUCUGGGGCGAGAGGGAUGUGGUGGGGAACGCGAACGCUGCUGCAGAAGUUGAUCAUCGCUGACGGCAAACCGCUUCCCGGUGGUCAUAUCGUGGACGUACCCUCGGUUCCAACCAGAGGAUACAUGCUCGAUGCAGGCCGGAAGUGGUACUCGCCUGCCUUUCUUAAGGAUCUAUGCACGUACGCCUCGUUCUUCAAAAUGUCCGAGUUCCACUAUCACACCAGUGACAACUACCCUCUCAAUCGGGGCCACAAUGAGACAUGGAGCGAGGUGUACGCCCAGUUUUCGCUGCACCCUGAGAGCCCUGACCUUCAUGGAAUCGUGCAGAGGCCGAACGAGACGCUAUCUCGGACAGACUAUGAAGAGCUGGAGCAUCACUGUGCGCAGCGGGGAGUGACGGUUAUUCCUGAAAUUGAAGCACCAGGCCAUUGCCUAUUUCUGACGAAAUGGAAGCCAGAACUGGCGUUAGAGAAAAAAGAUCUGCUGAAUCUUUCUCAUCCUGAGGCGGUGCCCUCGUCAAUGCAUAUCGGGGCGGACGAGUACGACUCAACAUUGGCGGAUGAUUAUAUCAAUUUUGUCAAUGAGAUGGCACGAUUCAUCGACGAAGAGUCAGGAAAAAGGAUCCGCAUAUGGGGCACUUAUGAGCCAUCAGAUACGCUUUCCAUAUCUAAGGAUGUGAUUAUUCAACACUGGCAAUACGGGCAAUCAGAUCCUGUCAGUCUGGCAAAUGAUGGGUACACGACCAUAAAUUCGGAGGAUCGUUGGGCGUACAUGUCGUUAAAAAACGACCAUAUGCCCAUAUUUCCGGCCCCGUAUCCAUACUCGUUCAAUAACUCGCGUGUGUUGAACUUCGCGGACAUUGACGGAUGGCAAUGGACCCCGGCGCUCUUUAAUCCAUUCAACGUCACCGAGCAACCGAACAAGCAGGCAGUCCAGGGCGCAAUUCUCGCCGCAUGGAAUGACAACGGACCGGACGCGACGACACAGCUGGAGGCCUUCUACUCCAUGCGCAACGGGAUCCCGAUUGUUGCGUCUCGAGCAUGGACCGGCGAGCGAGGUCCACGACUAGAUGAAUCCAGCUUGUUUUUGUCUGCCAACUUACUUACUGCCCGCGCGGUUGGCCAGAAUCUAGACAGGAGACUUAUUGAUCGUACCAAACAUAGGGGAGGUUGGCCUUUGAGCUGGACGUCCGAGCACCAAUCCGGAGAAAGAGUCCACCUCGGGCACGGCAGCAAGGGCAUGAAUUACACGCUGAAGCUCGACGUCGCGGGACCAUUCGUGCUGUCCUCCGACGACUGCUCUCUGAGUUUAUCCGCAUCCGGUACUCUGGCAUUUACAUCCGACGGAUGGGAGUACCCGCUUCGCUCUGUCGCCGAAGACGCUGGAUUCGACCCGGGGUAUCCGGGACGAAUCUGGACAAACGAGACGUCGUCCACUCAUGAACCCAUCCAGAUCCCUCUCCAAAGCCAGAUCAUUAUUCGCACAGAUGUCAUUGGAGGGAGCAGAGUGUGGGUGGACGGGAAGUUUGUCGGGAGAUUCGAAGUCUUUGUCUUUGGGGGGAAGAAUCAAUUGUUCUCAUGGAGCCAGAUGGCCUUUGUGGCGCCACUGGAAUGGAUCCAAGUCCGAUUUCCCAAUGAUCAAAUACAGUGCACUAACCUUGAAACAAAGGCCGCCUCUGGUUUGGUGGAAGGAGCUUCGGGCAAAGCGCGAGGGACGUCGGACAAGAUGUCUCCGACGAUGGGAUAUACUUGA